GCCAGCCGGGCCCACCGAGGGGGCCGGGGCCAGGGCCAGGAGGAGGAGGAGGAGGAAGGCCGGGGGGUGGCAGGACUGGCCCCCAAAGAUGAGCAGUCGCAGCCCGGGGCUGGGCAGAGCCAUCAUGAUGUUGGCCGCAGCACUGGUCUCUGCCACCGCCUCGGACCCUGAGGACUGGGGCCCUGCAGGGGUCCAGUAUGGGCGACUUGGAGAGACUGUGAUCUUGACCUGCCCAGGAGCUGCCAGUGGGAUGGCCGUGUCCUGGCACAGGCCCGGGGCCCGGGCGCUGCCGCCGGGUUCCGUGACUGGCCAGCGGGAGCUCCUCCUGCCCCAGGCUGACCCCUCCGCUGAGGGGGACUACAGCUGUCGGGACAGGCACCUGGACGGACGGCCCCUGGGCUCCGUGACCCUGCGGCUUGGCCACCCACCCAUACGUCCCACCGUGACCUGCCGUGCUGCCGACUAUGAGAACUUCUCCUGCUCCUGGAGUCCCGGCAGGGCCAGCCACCUCCCAACCCGCUACCUAACCUCCUACAGGAAGAAGACUUUGACUGGAGCCAAUUCAGGGGGGAGGCUGCUGUGGUCCGGGGAGGUGGGCGUCUGUGAGCAGGAGCAUCCUGAGGUCCGGCGCUGUGUGGUCUGCGGCUCAGAGUUCUGGAGCGAGUACCGUGUCAACGUGACUGAGCUCAACCCCCUGGGGGCCAGCGCCCGCCUGCUGGAUGUCAGCAUGCAGACCAUCUUACGACCGGACCCCCCCGAGGCACUGAGGGUGGAGUCAGUGCCUGGAGCCCCUCACCGCCUGCGGGUCAGCUGGGCAUACCCGGCCUCUUGGCCCCGACAACCCCACUUCCUGCUACGCUUCCGCCUCCAGUAUCGGCCUCUGCUGCACCGCUCCUGGUCCAUGGUGGAGCCCGCUGGGCUGGAGGAGCUGAUCACGGACGCAGUAGCUGGGCUGCCCCACGCUGUGCGGGUCAGUGCUCGGGACUUCCUGGAUGCUGGAAACUGGAGUGACUGGAGCCCUGAGGCCUGGGGGACGCCAAGCCCCAGUGAGGGGGAAGGCAAAAGAGGAGAGGGCCCAUCCAGCCAGAGCCCCCAGCCCCGACAAGGGACCACAGAGAGCAGCUCCCCUGAACUCUUAGGUCCCGAUCUUCCCCAGCCGCAUGCCGAAGUCUUCCCACACGACUGUCUCUCACCCCCGUUUCCCCUUCACCCAGAACGCCGGGCCCCCCUGGAGCAGGCGGCUGUUGUGGUCUCCGUGGGCGUCUUCGCCUUCGUGGUCCUGGCCGCUGUGGGCCUCGUUCUCUUGCUGCUGUGGCUGCGGCUGCGGUGCUCCGGGAAAGGCGAGGCCCAGAAGCCGGGGCUCCUAGUGCCCGUUCUGUGGGUGAAGGUGCCUUCCAGGUCCCAGAUUCUCUAGCAGACCUUGGAUGACCUCUCUCCCAGUGAAAGUGCCACAGCCCUGGGGCCAGCCGGACAGAUUGCAGCCCCUCAGGGGUGAACACACAGACAUGGACAGGCAGCUCUGUUGGAGGCAAUGGCCUGGACAGAGCCUCUGCUUGGCCCAAGGGUCUGGCAGCCGAAUUCCCCCUGCUUCCCCCAUCACUCCCAUGGCCUAGGGAGGCUUGGGCAGGGGGCCUUAGGUGGGAGACCCACCCUGCCCCUCCCCCUAACACUGGCUAUCCUAGCCAGGGACGAUCGCACUUGGGGGUCCCUUCCCCAUCACAUCUAUGUUUCUGAGGCUCCGAUUGAGAGGGCACAUGCUACCCUCAUGUGGGAAAGUGGGGAGGUGAUGUGUAAGAGUGAGAGAGCUUGUGGGUGCAAGUCCUAUGUGUGCAGGAGGGCCACACGAUACAUGUGAGUGAGAGACUAGGUGGGGCACAUGUGCAUAAGCAUGUGUGUGUGUGCAUGUGCGUGUUUGUGUGUAAGUAGAGGUCACGUGAGGGAAUGAGCUCCACAUGGCCUCUUACUCUGGUCUGCGUCACCAGGGCAGGGGAGGGGGUGGUGUCUGGGGUGUGAAUAAAGGAAAGGAAGCGUG